AUGGUGCUGGUGGCGGCGGAGGGAAAUCUGGUGCUGAUGGAGUUAAUGGCGGAUUUUAGGUCGAAUAUGGUGGAUAAAUCGGCUGUGGUGGAGGAAGGCGGGAUUCCGGCAGUGGUGGAAGAAGGUGGAAAUAGUGGAGGUGGGAACUCAAUGGCAGAAGGAAAUUGCCCAGAUGGUGGUCCUCGUGGUGGUGAAAUGGUGGUGUCGUGGCGUUCUUUAUUUUGGGUUUUUGUGUGGUUUUGGUUUUUCCUGGAAACUUGGAUAGUAGAUUUCUUGCAGUUAUUAGUAGUGGGGAAAGAAGAAGAGGUGGCGCCACCAGUUGUUGGGACGGUGGUGGUGGUGGAGGAAGAGGUGGGAACUCAAUGGCAGAAGGGGAUUCCAGUAAAAAAAGCUAAAGUUACUUUCAGCUCCAAGGCAAUCACUUGUUUGGAGAAUAUUGCUUGCUUUUCCAGUUUUAACAUUCUUCCCAGCCUUCAGACUGGAUUUCCAACCGAUGUUAGAUUUCUGCUCCUGAGUGCUACACUUAAAAGCAACUGUGGGUAA